AUGAAGGUUGACUAUUUUAAUCUCAUCACUGACUUUUAUUUUCGCUUGCUUUUAAGGCGGCAGAUCCAGGGUCCAAACAUGCAGCAUCGGGCUCUUUUGGACACCAUGGUGCUCACAGAGAAGGGGGCACGUUUUGAAUUGCUGGAAGCAGACUCGCAGACCAGGCUGCUUCUUUCUUUGUCCCCGUCAAAACACGGCAUUGUACGGAUAACAAUAGAUGAAUUCCAGCCUAUUAAGGCACGCUAUCGAGUUCCAGAUGUGUUAUUCGGGGAACCACAAUGUGAACAAUUAAGAGUGGAGAAACAGACUAAGGACUCAGUCACGCUUUCUUGGUCUUUCGGACGUUAUCAGCUCCGUGUGUGGCAUUCUCCUUUCCGACUGGAGAUCCUGUGUGAGCAGGAAGUGAUGGUCACAUUCAACUCUAAGGACAAACUGUGGUUUGAGAGACUGCAGCAUCGACCCAGCGAGCUUCAAGACGAGCAGAAAAGUUCAUUAUGGAAGGAGACAUUCAAGCAGUUUGUGGAUGUCAAGGCUAAUGGCAAGUGUACAUUUACGGAGCUUAAUAAUCAAGGAACAGAGUGUACUCUAAACUUUAUACUGAGAGAUGGUGAGCCUUACCGGCUGUACAACUUGGAUGUUUUUGCCUAUCCACUGUACAGUCGUCUCGGACUGUAUGGAUCUGUGCCAUUGAUGGUGGCCCACAAGCCAGACAGGACUCUGGGUGUAUUUUGGCUGAAUGCAUCUGAGACUUUUAUAAACAUUCAGUACUCCCCCUCUGACCAUCAGGAUGAUGAAACCCCUCCAGUUAAACGGAGGCGGGCUGAACCUCAGACCGAUGUCCACUGGCUGUCAGAAAGUGGUAUGAUUGACUGCAUGGUUCUGCUUGGGCCCAGUCCACAGCAACUUUUCGCCCAGUAUGCUCAGCUGACAGGAUAUCAAGCCCUGCCCCCUCUGUUUGCCCUCGGGUACCACCAGUGCCGCUGGAACUACAUUGAUGAAGCUGACGUGAAGUCUGUGGAUGCUGGGUUUGAUCGCCACAGUAUUCCUUACGAUGUCAUCUGGCUGGACAUUGAGCACACAGAUGGGAAGCGGUACUUUACCUGGGAUCCUGAUCAUUUCCCUGAACCAGCCAAGCUGCAGCAGCACCUGGAGAAGAAAAACAGGAAGCUGGUCGUUAUAAGUGAUCCACACAUUAAGGUUGAUCCUUCUUGGUCCCUCUACUGUGAGGCCAGAGACAGAGGGCAUUUUGUCAAGGACAGAGAGGGAAAGAUCUUUAAGGGCUCGUGCUGGCCAGGCGAAUCCUCCUACCUUGAUUUCAGCAGUUCAGCUACUCGAGCAUGGUACUCCAGAUGCUUCAGUUUGGAUAAAUACAAAGGAUCGACACCUUCGUUGUUUGUGUGGAACGAUAUGAACGAACCAUCUGUGUUCAGCGGCCCAGAGCUGACGAUGCCGAAGGAUGCAGUGCAUUGUGGGGACUGGGAACACAGAGAUUUACACAACCUGUAUGGUUUUUACCAGCACAUGGCAACAGUGGAGGGUCUAAUCACUCGUUCGGGUGGCUUAGAGAGACCGUUCGUCCUCUCGCGCUCUUUCUUUGCAGGGUCACAGAGACUUGGAGCAGUGUGGACUGGUGAUAAUGUUGCCAACUGGGAGUAUCUGAAGAUCUCAGUUCCAAUGGUGUUGUCCCUGAGUCUGGCAGGCAUAGCGUUUUGUGGAGCUGAUGUUGGUGGGUUCAUCCAGGAUCCAGAGCCAGAGUUGCUGGUGCGCUGGUACCAGGCGGCUGCCCUGCAGCCAUUUUUCCGCGGUCACUCUGCAAAUGUGACAAACCGUCGGGAACCCUGGCUUUUUGGUGACGAGGUGACUGCAGCAAUCCGCACUGUAAUCCAACAAAGGUACAGUCUGCUGCCCUAUUGGUACACACUGUUUCACCAGGCUCACACGUCUGCGUUGCCUCCACUCAGACCUCUGUGGGUGGAGUUCCCAGAAGAAGAGAGCACCUUCAGUGUGGACAGCCAUUACAUGCUUGGAGGAGCACUGCUGGCCUGUCCUGUAACUGAACCAGGCAUCCAAGAAAUCAAAGUCUUACUUCCUGGAUCUGACGAGAUUUGGUAUGACAUCCAUUCUGCACUGGUAUACAAAGGAGGCAGGACUCUGAGUCUUCCUGUCACCCUGGACACGGUUCCAGUAUUCCAGCGCGGUGGCACGGUAGUUUGCAGAUCAGUAGGAAGUUGCUCCUGCACUGCUGAGCUUCGGCAGCUCCCCCUCUCUGUUACUGUGGCUUUAAACUCUCAGGGCACUGCUGAUGGUGAGUUGUACCUGGAUGACGGCCACUCGUUCAGAUACCGUGACAGAAAGGCCUUCUGUCUGCGCAGGUUCAGCAUGCUGUCAGGCCGUCUGCUCUGCCGUCCUGCCAGUGAAGAAGGAACAUUUGACUGUAAUACAGUCAUACAGUCGGUCACCAUCCUGGGGGUCAAGAGCAAACCGUCCGCAGUGAUUGUGCAUGCAUCAGGUGCUAAGGACAUUUCAGCUGCAUUUCAGUACAUGGAAACCUGCUGCAAGCUGACUGUGAACAGUGUAAACCUCAGAGUGGCGAUGGAUUGGGAAAUACAGAUAUGAUGAUUGUGGACAUGUCAGUGAUGGAGUUUCUUCAUCUGGAUUUCUUCAUCCUACCAAGAAAACAUCCAGUUAAAUUACCCAUUUCAAUAACGGUCAACUACAGAACUUGUCUGAAUACAUUUGAUUGAAAAAUAAAUUGAUAAUUGUU